AUGGAAAAUAUGCUCAUUAAGGAUAAACUUGUUACUAAUAUUGAUUCUACUACAAAUGUUGAUUCUAUUGCAAACAUUUCUACUGAUGAUACUGAUAACAAUGAUGAAGAGGGGGAAAGAAACAAUAUUGAUGAUGGUUUUGUUGAGUUAAAUUUGAAUGUCCCAUGUCCUAAAAAUAGAACUUUUGAUGAUUACUUUGACGAUGCAUACAUAUGUAAUGUUCCUGAUGCUAGUUCUGCACCUCACACUCUUGAAGAUAACCAUUUACCACUUCCUCGUGUAUCCCCUAGUGAUCAUUGUAAUGAAAGAAGUCAUGUUAGUAGUACACCAAGCUCAAAUGCAACAAGUAUUGAUGAAGAUGAUUUUUGUGUUGGUCAAUAUUUUGUGGAUAUGAAAGAGAUGAAGAUGAAAUGGAGAAUUCGUGCGACAAAGGCAUAUGCAACAGGUUUGUUUGUUAUUUGCAAGCAUUGUAAUGAGCACACUUGUUCUUUAGAAAUGCGACAAAAUCAUCAUCGACAAGCAACCUGUUCUAUUAUUGGAGAGCACUUGAAAGUGAGAUAUGAAGGUGUGAAAAAAGGUCCAAAUCCAACACAAAUAGUUAAUGAGAUGAACAAGAAUCUUGGUGUAAAGUGUAGUUAUUGGAAGGCAAGAAAGUGCGCACAUGAACUUAUAAGGGGUUCAGCGGCAAACAGUUAUCCAAAACUCCCCUCUUACUUGUACAUGGUCCAAAAGUCUAAUCCUGGUACAUACACUAGAUUAAUUGUUGAUGAAGAACAGAAAUUCAAAUAUUUAAUUUUGUCUUUGGGAGUAUCCAUUAGAGGUUUUCGUUACAUGAGAAAAGUUAUAUCUAUUGAUGGAACUCAUUUGAAAAACCAGUUUGGAGGAAAUUUACUCAUUGCAACUGCACAAGAUGGAAAUUUUCAAAUUUAUCCUCUUGCUUUUGGUAUUGUUGAUUAUGAGAAUGAUGCAUCUUGGAAUUGGUUUUUGACAUGCUUACGAGAUCAAGUGCCUGAUACUACUGGUUUAGUGUUUAUAUCUGAUAGACACGAAAGCAUUAUAAAGGUAGUUCGAAAUGUAUAUAAAAAUGCUUACCAUGGAGCUUGUAUGUGGCAUCUUGGACAAAAUAUCGAGACAAAAUUUAGUGGUCAAGGUUUGAAAAAGUUGUUUGAGAAGACAACAAAAGCGUACAGAGUUUCAGAGUUCACAAAGUUAUUUGCUGAGAUUUCUACAAAAAAACCAAGUCUGGCAACAUACUUGAAGAAUGCAUCUUUUGAAAGCUGGACAAAUGCAAAUUCUUGUCCAACACCACUUACAGUUGACGUAGAAGAUAUAAUGAGACAAAGAUAUGUAAAAUCAAGGUACAUGAGAGUUACACCCAUUAAUCUAAGUGAGUUCCAUGUUAAAGGUGAGCCACUAGAUGAUCUAGUUAAUACUGAGGAACAUUCUUGUACAUGUCGAGAGUUUGACAUUGAUAAGAUUGCAUGUGUUCAUGGCGUCACUGCAGCAAUGUAUCGUGGAGUAGAUGUUUAUAGUCUAUGCUCAAAAUUCUACAUGACUGAAUUGUGGAGGAUGUCUUAUGCAUAG